GAUUGGCAGCUUAAGCUCGUUCCCUGUGCUUUUCUUCAGCAAGAGCGAGCCGAAGGAGGACAGCCCAGGUGUCGCAGCGCCGACCGCUUGGCCUGAGCCCCCGCCCGCCGCGGCCGUGCCGAAAUCGGCGGCUGCGCCAAAGCCUUCGCCAGCCCCGAAACCCAAGGCGAAACCUUUGAGCCCCAGGAGCCAAGUACGUCAGCUGGUUGGGACGCGCAUGAGUGAAGAACAAGCCACAAAGGCCGCUGAAAAGAUCCUUGCACUGCGCUCCUAUGUUGACCGCCUGGAUCCGAUCGACCUGGACGAGAUGUGGGGCUUCUUUGAUUUGGAUGCCCCUGCAAGCCGCAGAUCGAUGGACGCCAGUGAUCCUCUCUUGCAGAAGCUGAAGGGGAAGCUGAAUCGGCAGCGGCUUCUUUUUCAUCCAGAUAAGAAUGGCCACCCAGAGGCAGAGAAGACCUUCAAAUUCUUGGAGGUUUGCCAUCGCAAGCUCAUGACUGCAUACACCCGCCAAACCGAAUCUGUCCAUCAGCGCACAAGACGCGAAGAGGAAGAGCUCAAGCAGGAGGAGGCCCGGCGCCAGAAGCAAGAAGCUGAGCGGCGAGCACAGAUGGAGCUCUUGGAGAAAGAGGAGGAGGAGAAGAUGCGGAGAUUGGAACUGCACCAACAACGGCUGGACCAAAUGCUUGAAGCCAAGCGGUCUGCCUUUGAGGCGAAGCACAACCAAUCUCAGGUGGUGAGCCGGACGACUUCCUCAGAUCCGAUUGUCAGCCUGUUCACAAGCUGCGGAAGUUCCAAGAGCAUCCUCGGGAAACAGGAGGAUGCUGAAGAGACUGCAGUGAUUGGGCGUUUGACGGUGCACCUGCGGGCAAGAGAUCUACCUGUGCCUGAGCUCCUUUUUGCGGGUCAGCACUAUGCGAUCCUGAGUGUGGGAGACCAGAGCUUCGAGACGAAGAGAGUACCGGGACAGAAUUGCCAAUGGGAUGCAGACUAUGUUUUCCAAAUCCAUCGGGUCGACACCGCUCUAGCGGUCAGUGUUCUUCGGGAAGGUUGGUUUCAAGAUUCCUCCUUGGGGAAGACGGAGAUUCCCUUCCUCGACAUUGAAGAGUGGUCAGGCCAUUGGAUGGGCCGUCUCCUUGAGAGUGACAACGCUGACAGCUUGAGUCUGGUGGAGUUGCAGGCGUCCUUUGAGUGGUACUAAUGGGAGCCAUACUCGGAGCCGGUGGGACAUUUGCCCUAGACCCA